UUCACUGUCACCAUGAUGCUACUCAGAAAAGAUACCAAUCUCCAGAUAACGGGGUUCACUGCAGCCAUCCUAGCAUGGAUGUUUUGUAGUGUCUCCAUGGGCCUUCCUCAGUGGCGAGUAUGGUACUUUCAAGAACCCAUGGACUCCAAGCCCAGCAUGGCCUUAGUAGGACUGUGGAGAACCUGCAUCUACCACAAUAACAACUACUCCAGCAAUGUCCGAGUAUGUCACCGAUACAACUACCAUGACUCCUUCAUCCCAUUGAGUAUUCGAGUUGCUCAACACCUGGUACUGGUCUCCAGCUUUUUGGGGAUGGCUGGGACAGUUUCUAGCAUUGUUGCUCUUUGGAAAAUGUACACAGAGAGAGCAAGGAAGAACACCACCUACAAUUCAUUUUUCUUUCCAGGGAUUCUGAACAUCCUCACUAGCAGCUUUGUCCUUUUUGCUCUCUUGUACAAUUACUUAUGCAUCAUGAGAAAUGAAGAUAUUGCCUUCCCACCAUUUUACCACAUCCCAUCCUUCCCAGACACCCAGAAAGCUGGCAGCGCCCUGGCAGUAGCAACUCUUGCUGCAUUCUUUUUUUUGUGUUAA